AUGGAAAUAGACCUUAUCGGAUCUUGUGCAAGCUUCUGUGAUCCUAAGACGUGGCCAACAAACAGACAACUUCAGGGUCUUCCCGGGAGUUUGGCAGUGGCGGUAGGGAUCCACCCAAGGCAUGCCAGCAACCACCAAUAUGCACGAGAGUCUUCAGAUCUCAAAAGAUUGGAAGUUCUUCUGCGCCAGAAAAGGGUUGUUGCGCUGGGAGAGAUUGGUGUGGACCAUUCGGAGAGGCCGCAUCAUUGGCACCAUCAAUUGGAGCUGCUGGACGUCAUUUUGCCACUAGCUCAAGAGAAACAGACAGUUAUUUUCCACUGUAGGGGAAUGCAGAAUGAUGACGGGACGGAGGCGUAUCUGGUAUUGCUGCACUAUGCCAAGAAAUACCUGAACAAGGACCACACAAUGUAUCUCCACUGCUUUACUGGAGACAGUUACGUCCUCUAA